GGGAGAUCAUGGGUGGCGUCCCCAUAUCUGAAAGCCAGUGUGAUGAAGUGCGAGAAUGUUACAGGCAGAGGGACCGGUUCGCUGGGGGUGGUUGAUCCAGCGAAUGCUCCUGGAGAGUGCCAAGGAGUGGGUGCUCCUUGAUGAGGCUCAGAGACACCUGUACCAUGAUGUGAUGCUGGAGAACUUUGCACUUAUAGCUUCAUUGGUUUGUUGGCAUGGGAUGGAGGAUGAAGAGGCACCUUUUGAACAGAGCAUUUCUGGAGAAGUUUUGUCAUGGGUCAGGACUCCAAAGGCAGGUCCAUCCACCCAAAAGACUCACCCCUGUGAGAAAUGUGUCCCAAUCCUGAAAGACAUUUUGCACCUGGCUGAUCAACCUGGGCAGAAACUAUACUUGGAUGGAGCAUGUGCAAACCUACACCAGCUUCAGAAGCAUUACACUGCAGAGCAAAGGGAUGUAGAGAGGGCCUCAUUUGUUAAGAGCUGCAUAUCUGUGUCAGGGAAUCCCUUCACCUGUAGGAAGAUUGGAAAGGAGUUCCCAGCCACAUGGAGGUUUCUCCAGCACCAGGCCAUUUUCAACAGUGAGAAGCCAAACAAAAUCACCAAGUGUGGGGAGGCCUUUCAUAGUGGAAAAAGUCAUUACAAAUCACAUGAUGGGAAAGCCUCCAACCACAAACAAAGUCUUGUUUAUCACCCAAGAGUCUCCACUAGAAAAAGGGUUUAUGAGACCAUCAAAUAUGGGAAAGCUUUUCGCUGUAAGUACUUACUUGUUCAGCUCGAGAGAGUCCACACUGGAGAAAGGCCUUACAAGUGCAGUGAAUGUGGAAAAUCUUUUAGGCAAAGAGCCACCCUCAUUAUACACCAGAGGGUUCACACUGGAGAAAAGCCUUAUACGUGUGCUGAAUGUGGGAAAUCCUUUAGUCAAGGCUCCAACCUUAUUGAACACUGCAGAAUCCAUAGUGGAGAAAGGCCUUAUGAGUGUGAGGAAUGUGGGAAAGCCUUUGGGUGCAAAUCCAAUCUCAUAAGGCACCAGAGAACUCACACUGGAGAAAAGCCUUAUGAGUGCAGUAAAUGUGGAAAAUUCUUCAGACAAAGCUUCACCCUCAUUCAACAUCAGAUAAUUCACACCACAGUAAGGCCUUAUGUGUGUGUCCGGUGUAGGAAAUCCUUUAGCCAAAGAGCUACUCUCAUUAGACACCAGAGAGUUCACACCAGUGAAAGGUUUUAUGAGUGUGGGGAAUGUGGAAAAGCUUUUGGAUCCAAAUCCAAACUUAAUCAGCACAAUAGAAGUCACACUGGAGAAAGGCCUUAUGAAUGCACUGAAUGUGGGAUCUCUUUUAGACAAAGCUACAGCCUCGUUGAACACAAGCAAAUUCACAGUAGAGCAAGGCCUUUUGAGUGUGGCCAGCGUGGGAAAUGCUUUAGCAGAAGAGCUAUUUCCACUAAACACCAAAGAAUUCACACUGGAGAAAGGCCUUGUAAGUGUGGCGAAAGUGGGAAAUCCUUUAGUCGAAGCACCAGCCUUAUUCAGCACUGCAGCAUUCACACAGGAGCAAGGCCUCAUGAGUGUGGCCAGUGUGGAAAAUCCUUUAGGCAAAAAUCUGUUCUCAUUCAACACCAGGUAGUUCACACUGGAGAAGGGCCUUAUGAAUGCAGCAAAUGUGGCAAAUCCUUUAGCCAAUGCUCCAGCCUCAAUCUCCACCGUAAAUUUCACACCCUGGAGAGGGCCCGUGAAUGCAGGAAAUAUGGGAAAUCCUUCACUGCAACAUCUGAUGUUGUUUAGCAUCAGAAAGUCCACACUUGAAAAUAGGCUUAGAUUUGAAGAAAACAUGGCUGUCUCCUUGUUCACUCUAAUGGCACUAAAUAGUUUGUGUGAGGGAGCCAUGUGCCUGAAGUUAAACCUCAUACUUGCAAGCAACUGGAGAGUUGAAAUUCCCCAUGAGUUGAUAGGCACGUGUGAGGUUUACAGCAGCUUCACUGCACAUUCCAAACCACCCAGGACUCUUACCAGAGUUAGAUCACUGCCAGUUUCUCUAGUAGAAGCCAUCCCACUUCCAUUACCUUGCACAGUGUUUCAUUGGUCACCCCAAUGUGCCUAAGGCAAGGCAGAUGUUUGUGUUCUCUCCCGUUACCUGGAGGAAAUUUUGAGUAGUCUUUGCUCUUACAGUGAUUUCCCUUUUCUGAUUAAGUAGGAAUAUGACCCAGUUUGGGCUAAGAAUGGGCUCUGCUGGAGGCUUGCAGGGAAGGCUUACCUUCUUCAUGGAAAUUAUUGGUUUCACCUAACACUUGUAGUUGAUUUUUCCAGCCUUCAGGUCACCAACCAGUAACGAUCUGCCUCAUUGCUCUGGUUUGUGCAGCAAUAAAGUUCUUAUUGUUUAAUCUAUCUUUAGUCAUGGGAGUUGUAGUCACUGUUUUGGGUGGAACACACAAGCACCAUUGUGCUUGUGUAGGGGCCCCAGCUUUGUGCAGCUCAGUGUGGACAAUACAAUGACAGAGAGUAGUUCUCAUUCCAGUUUUGGCCUAAUUUGCAUUGCUGCACAAGACCUAGGAACAAGUUCAGUGCUUCGUGGUCCUAAUUUGUGGCCUAGAUGCCUCCAUCUAUCGUGAGACCAUAGGACACCCUAAGGAAGGGUCCCUUUUUUUGGCAAGCUCUGGUGCCUUUAGGAAUGGCAUGAAUUUAUUCUCUUGCUCCCAGAGGGUGUCACGUGAUGCCCAGCGCUAUUGAGGGAAAGAUUUUCACCAGGUUCUACAAAGGAGCAAAGUGUCCUGAUGUUUAUAAUUCUGAAGACUGGUAUCACUCCUCAGACUACAGGAGCCGGUUUCAACCAUAAUUGGUACUGAUAUCCUGGAUGUGAUUAAUAGGCAGGGGAGAGGCCUGCAGCAAACUAGAUGAUAUAUGCCUCUUCUGAAAGUGCAUCCAUAAAUCUUCCGUUGACUAUGGUUGUGAGGAAUUAGAGUACUUCUAGAGCUGUAUAUCUCCUGUAGCUGAAAUCACCGUCAGAGCAAAUAAUCUAAAGAUUUUGUGAAUUCUCAUUGUCUUCCUGGGCUGUUCACCUCAGGGGCCAUCCAUUGCUCUAAAGAAGGCAGAGAAAUGAAGACAGAAUGGAGAUCAUGUUGUCCCAGGAUGUGGCUUUUGUGGUCCAGCCAGUGUUCCAUUCGUCCCAGACUGGAACAGCUUCCAUUGCUCACCAGUUUUUCCUGCACAGAUUCAGGGCUGCU